UUGUGUCUCUUUCUCUCUCUGCAGAUGCUUAGUGAGAUCCUAGCGAGGAGACUCUGCCUCCUUCAGACGCCUUCUUCAGGCCUGAGAGCCGUGGGACGCCCUGCAUCGCCAAGGAUCAUUCGCCCGACUUUUGGAAGUUGUUUUCCUCAUCGGUCUGGUUGCACCAACAUGUCCUCACCAGCAGGAGGACCUGCCGCAGCGGCAAACCCUGCCGUACCCGAGGCUAGCAGCGGCGUCGGUGUAGGGGGCAAGGGGGAAAACGUUCGCGAGCAGAAGAAAGCUCUGCGGAAGCGCAUCAAGUCGGAGCUGAAGCAGAUGAGCGAUGAAGCUAUCGGUGUGGCCUCGGCGGCCGUUGCGGAGAGAUUGCUUUCGUUUCCCCAGCUGCAGCAGCAGGAGGGCGGUGAUGGAGGCGGCGCGGUAAGCGUGUACCUGUCCAUGCCGAAAGAGCUCGGCACCUCCGCUAUCGUCAGCGGGCUCUUCAAGCGCGGGAAGAAAGUCUACAUUCCCAAGGUGCUGGGAGCCGCAUCCGCGGACAUGCGCAUGUUCCCGGUGCGAUCGGAAGAGGAAGUGGCCUCCUUCCCUCUCACCAAGUGGAAGAUCCCCGAGCCCUCCGAGGAGCUGGUUUUCUCGAGGGAAGAUGGCGUGACGGAGGGUGAUAUUGGCGUGAUCAUCGUCCCGGCGGUGGCGCUCGACCCCACAUGCAACCGACUGGGCCACGGUCGAGGUCACUACGAUUGCUUCUUUGAACGCGUCAACAAGGCCAGCACGGAUAAGGGUAGGCCACCGCCAGUGACGAUAGGCGUGUGCUUCGACGAACAGGUGGUGGACUGCAUCCCAACGGAGUCGACCGACGUGCGCCUAGAUGUUGUCGUGACGCCGACCCGAACGUUCAGACGAGAUGCGGGAGGCGUCGACGUUGAUAGCGGGCCCCCUUGUUGAGAUUGAAAGGUUUUUGCUGGUCGUGGCAAGAUGUUCAAAGAUAUAUUUAUCUAACCAUCAUUUUGGCCCGUCAAAAGGACGAACAUCGCUCAUGUCGACCCAACAUCGAGUGUGUCGGGCUGCAGCGGCAAACAUCGAGCAAUCAUUGCACCGGUAAACGCAGCUGUUGAAAUGACAACAAACUGGGGGUUCUUUGUUGGCCGAGCAACACGACUGACUCCCGGCCGCGAGAAUUACAUAGUAGCACUAUAUUCGUGAAAUUCAGAUUGAACUUUGAGCUUCAUUCAGAGUCAGAAUUUUACGUGUACUUGUCUCCACACCUACUGCUAUGAACCAGCUGCCCCAGAUGUAGUUCCUAGCAGUAAAGCCAUGUCGUGCCAGUGUCAGCAGAGGUGCAGAGCAAAGCAGAGACCGUGCAGACGGUGGAGGUUGGUUGGGACAUGUACACAGCAGCAGCAGAGUAAGUAGUGAGUGAUCAGUCGCAAUGCGGCAUGCAUCCGGCCGGCGGGUCUUCGUAUCAAUAAUCCAGAAAAUAACAUCAACGGGCUGAC